AUUAAAAAACCAUCUCUUGACCUCUCUUUAUUUUUAGACCAAUGGAAGAGAAACUAAUGAAACCCAAACCAACCAACCAACAAACAAAUCCUUCCUUUCAAAGAUUCCCCAUUUUCAUCACAAAAUAAAAUAGAGCUUGCACAGGAGAAGUCCACCACCACUACCACCAAAAUCCACCUCUGAAAAAGAAAAAAAAAUUCCCUUUCCGCCACAAUCUCCGCCGCCGUCACCGAAGAAGCGUUACCAUUUCUCCAAAUCCCGAUAGAGUGUAAAAAAAAGAAAAGAUAUACAGAUUCAUCGUCUUUUUUGCCUUCUCUCCGAAUAAACUCAGAAAUGUCGAAGCAAAUAUCUCAUCUUGACAACAUUCCAUCAACGUCGGGGAAAUUCAAGAUGGAAAAAUCACCCUUCGUUCACAACAGACUGAGGUGGCAUUCCUCUCUUGCAAAGCUUACAUUUUGGUCAUUUAUCUUCUUGGGCAUGAUCUUGAUCUUCUUCUUUCGAUCUCCUUCAUCGAACCCCCUCCCGCAAGAUCCCUCUCGACGCUCCCUCCGUACGUACAACUGGGGCGGACCCGCUUGGGAGAAAAGGGUCCGUUCCUCGGCGCGUGUCCGUUCCCGCAAUGGCAUAACCGUUUUGGUCACCGGAGCUUCCGGUUUCGUCGGCACCCACGUGUCGACUGCUUUGAAAAAGCGUGGCGAUGGCGUUCUUGGACUCGAUAAUUUCAAUGAAUAUUACGACCCUUCACUCAAAAGAGCUCGGCAAGCUCUUCUGGAACGAAGUGGGGUUUUCAUUGUGGAAGGAGACAUUAACGAUUCGGCUCUUUUAAGGAAGCUUUUCGAGGUCGUUGCGUUUACUCACGUUAUGCAUUUGGCUGCUCAAGCUGGGGUCAGGUAUGCAAUGGAAAACCCUAGCUCUUAUGUGCAUAGUAAUAUAGCUGGUCUUGUUAGUUUACUAGAAGUUUGUAAAUCAGCCAAUCCACAGCCUGCAAUCGUGUGGGCGUCUUCGAGUUCUGUUUACGGUCUUAAUACCAAAGUUCCAUUUUCUGAGAGAGACAGAACUGAUCAACCUGCUAGUUUAUAUGCUGCUACUAAGAAAGCUGGUGAAGAGAUUGCACAUACUUAUAAUCAUAUAUACGGACUUUCUUUAACUGGUUUGAGGUUCUUCACGGUUUAUGGUCCGUGGGGAAGGCCCGACAUGGCGUAUUUCUUUUUCACUAGAGAUAUUUUGAAGGGGAAAUCGAUACUGAUAUUCGAGGCAGCUAAUCAUGGUACGGUGGCUAGGGAUUUUACCUACAUUGAUGAUAUUGUGAAAGGGUGUUUAGCAGCGUUGGAUACUGCCGAGAAGAGUACCGGUAGCGGAGGGAAGAAGAAGGGUCCGGCUCAAUUGAGGGUGUAUAAUUUGGGGAAUACUUUGCCCGUGCCGGUUUCAGAUCUUGUUAGUAUCUUGGAAAGGCUUUUGAAAGUUAGUGCUAAGAGGAAUAUUAUGAAGUUGCCACGAAAUGGGGAUGUUCAGUUCACUCAUGCCAAUAUUAGCUUGGCUCGGAGGGAGCUUGGGUAUAAUCCCACAACUGAUUUGCAGACUGGUUUGAAGAAAUUUGUUAGGUGGUAUCUCGGCUACUAUUCCGGUGGGGAGAAGGCUGCUGGUUAAUUCAUUCUUUGAAUUGCGGUAGGAUCCUCCAAAUUCGUGUUCAUUAGCAUUGUUUUUAACAUUUCUCUGUUCAGUAGGCGAUUGUCGUUGUUUCAUACAUCUUUAAUGAUGCCAUAUAAGGAAGGGUAUUGUGUCCUCCUUGGAAGAAGUUUUGUGAUAAUUGGACAUUGUUUGAUGGCCAGGCACACGUUGUAUUGUAUCAAAAGAACACUGGUAUAGUUUUGGCAUUUAGAAUUCAUGAACUGAUAGAAGUUAGAACAUAAGCUGAUCGUUGGACGUGUAUCGUUGGUAUGCAAUUCGAAUAAAAUAGAUCUGGAUAA